AUGGAGAGAUUCCACCUAAAAUAUUUAUAUGUCACUGAUUUGUCUACUCAGAACUGGUGUGAACUGCAAACAGUAUAUGGAAAGGAACAGCUGGCACCUGUUUUGGACACUAGAGAACUAGAACUUCGUGAUCUUGUGAAUAUCCCCUCUACCGUUGAAGCAGAUAAUUGGGCAAUUACGUUUCUGAACAUAAUAUCAGUGAUUCCUACCCUGCAGUCAGAAAGGCACAUCAGAAAACUUCCAGUGUUUGGGGAAGUGGAGGGCGUGCUUCUUGUUGGAGUGAUUGAUGAGCUGCACUAUACAGCAAAAGGGGAACUGGAGCUGGUUGAAUUCAAGACAUGCAGGCACCCUGUACUCCCUCUAGAAGCUCAGAAAAAGAAAGACUAUUUUCAAGUCAGCCUAUACAAAUGUAUCUUUGAUGCCAUGGUACAAGGGAAAGUGACCCCUGCUAGCAUAAUCCACCACACAAAAUUGUGUCCAGAAAGGGCACUGGGCCCUUCAGUGCUAAAGCAUGCCCAGCAGGAAGGCUUCUCUGUGAAGUCUUUUGGUGACCUUAUGGAACUGGUCUUCUUGUCUCUAACAUUGUCACAUCUCCCAGUUAUUGAUAUCCUGAAGGUUGAGUAUAUCCACCAAGAGACUGCCACUCUCCUAGCUAUAGAGAUGAUAGCCUUUGAUGAGAAGGAGGUGAGAGGCAAGGUACAGCAUUAAAUGACUUACUGGAUGGGACAUCAAGAUCCUCAAGGGGUUGAGGUGGAGGAGGCUUGG